GUUGCGCAAGCGCAAGGGCAUUCGAACAAAUACAUCAUGAGAAGCACUGUUCCUGGUUACCACCUCUGAAGACGAUCGCAGCUAUGGCGCAAGACAAGACUAUGAAGGCGGUGCGUUGGCAUCCGGACACCAAGAAGGUUCAGGUCGAUAACGUCCCUAUCCCGAAACCAGAUAAUGAUCUCAUGCUGGUUCGAACAAUUGGUUCUGGGCUAUGUCACUCGGAGAUGCUAGUUCUUCACGGCACAUACCAGUUGCCACAGCCAACGACACUCGGUCAUGAGGCGGUUGGUGAGGUUGUCGAACUUGGAUCAGAUGUAAGCGGGUUCAAAGUGGGAGACAAAGUCGGGUUUCUCAACGGCCUCAGAUCCUGCUGGAAAUGUGACGGCUGCAAGGUUCACUAUGGAUUCUGCCGAUCGGAAAAGUUCACAAUGCAAGGCUUCUCGGCAGCGGAUGGCUUUCUUGCAGAAUACUGUCUCGUCGAUCCUAAUGCCGCUUUCAACUUACCAGAUGGCAUUGAUAUUGUCAAGUUUGCACCAUUAUGCUGUGCUGGUAUCACAGCGUAUAAUGGCGUCAAGAAAGCCGACCUGAAGCCGGGUCAGUGGCUAGCGGUGAUAGGUUGCGGGGGCCUCGGUCAACUUGCGCUACGAUAUGCUAAGGCACUGGACCUGAAUGUCAUUGGCAUUGAUGUCAACGACGAAGUACUGGCCACAGCGAAGAAGGCCGGCAUAGAGCAUACUAUCAACAGCAGGUCCACGCCAGAUGUUGCUGGAGAGAUUCAAAAGAUUGCUGGUAGCUUGGCCGAUGCUGUGGUUGUCUAUACUGCUGUCAAAGCAGGGUUUGAUCUGGCGCCAAAGUUAAUCAAAAUCGGGGCGAGAUUCGUCGCUGUUGGGUGUCCUCCGGGGGAAAUUAGUUUCAACCCAGUCGAGCUUGCACUUGGGAGGUAUUCUUUGCAAGGAGCCAACAACCAUGGAACGCCCAAACAAUUGCGAGAAUGUGCCGAUUUCACAACAGCUAAUAAGAUCGAAUGUCCAGUCCAGCUGUUCAAGAUCGACGAGAUUGGAGACAUGAUCGACAUGAUGGAAGAAGGCAGGAUGGCAGGCAAGAGACUGGUCGUCGACUUCAGCUGAAUGUGAUGAAAAAGUAACCUAUGGUGGCAACAAAUCCUAAAGCCAUGCAUUAGAUGCUGACCCUGUGCGCAAUGGACGUCAACAUAUGUACACGUAGAGACAAUUUCUCGAAGGCUUAAAGCUUUGCUUGAAUCUUCGCUACAUCUCCACUACCCAAGACAAUCUCGUCGUUGCGGUAGUCUGGGUUGAAUG